AUGGCUGGAGAAAAGUGUGGCAAGAUCUCUCAGGAAUCACUGGCUUCAGGGCAGAGAAAUCUCACCAUGGUGACUGAAUUCCUCCCAAUUGCAUUCACUGACUUUCCGGAAUGGGCACUCCCUCUCUUCCUCCUGUUUUUAUUAAUGUAUCUCAUCACCUUACUGGGGAACUCUGGCAUGAUUGUUCUGAUCCACAUAGAUCGCCGACUCCACACACCCAUGUACUUUCUUCUGAGUCAUCUCUCGUUCAUGGACAUCUGCUACUCCUCCGUUACUGUCCCUCAGACUAUGGUGGUGCUAUUGGAGCACGGGGCAGCUUUAUCCUAUAUGCGGUGUGCUGCUCAGUUCUUCCUGUUCACUUUCUUUGGUUCCAUUGACUGCUACCUGCUGGCCAUCAUGUCCUAUGACCGCUAUGCGGCCGUGUGCCAACCGCUGCUUUACGCCGCCAUCAUGACACAGAAGACUCGUCUGGGUUUUGUGGUUGGGGCUUAUGUUGCUGGCCUCUUCAGUGCACUGGUACGGACCACUUCAGCGUUCACUCUUACAUUCUGUGCUAACAAUGAGAUCGACUUCAUUUUCUGUGACCUCCCUCCUCUUUUAAAGUUGACCUGUGGGGACAGCUCUGUUCAGGAAAUAGUAAUUAUUGUGUUUGCCAUUUUUGUCAUUCCUGCUUGCAUGGUGGUGAUCUUGGUGUCCUACCUGUUUAUUAUUGUGGCCAUUAUGAGGAUCCCUUCAGCAGGAGGGAGGGCCAAGACCUUUUCUACCUGUGCCUCCCACCUGACAGCUGUUUCUCUCUUCUUUGGAACUCUCAUCUUCAUGUACCUGAGAGAUAACUCUGGCCAGUCCUCACAAACAGAUAGGAUGGUAGCUGUGUUCUACACAACAGUGAUUCCCAUGUUGAAUCCCCUCAUCUACAGCCUGAGAAACAAGGAAGUGAAGGAGGCCCUAUGGAAAAUUCUCAGUAGAACCAAGCGGUCCUGA